AUGCCGUCGUGUUUCUCCAGCGCCGCGCAUUGUCCGGACCCCGGCUUGCGUGCGUCCCUGUGUCAGAUAAACAGUCGGGACGGGGUCGAAGGGCGCACCCCGCUCCACCUGGCCUGCUCCCGCGACGACGCGGGGUGCGCGCUCGAGCUGCUGCUGGAGUGCCAGGCCAGGGCGGACAUCGCCGACCGCAAGGGGGAGACGCCCCUGCACUGCGCGGCCCGGCUGGACAGUCCGGCCGUCAUGGAGCUAUGGGCUCGACCAGCUGGACGGGCGGAAUGUCCCCCUCCCUCCCCCCCGUUCGUAAGCUGCCCUGUGUUGUUGUGGCAUUGUGCAUCCCUGACCCUCCGUUUUAGGAUCAUGGCCGUGUCAUUUUCCUGUCUGCAGCUGGACCACAUGGAGCUGAUCAAGGCUCUGAUCGUUUUCGGGGCGGACGUGGAGACCCCGAAUGAUUUCGGGGAGACCCCGGGCCUCAUCGCCGCCCGCAUCAGCAAAGGGGCCAACAGGAAGGUCCUGCUAAGCAUGCUGUAUAGUGUAGGAGCAGACCGCUGCCACCCACCUUCCCCAGACACAUGCUUGCCGACCUUCAAGAGACCACGGCCACCACCGACUAUAGGGUUUGAUGACAUCAUGCAUGUAGCUGCCACUCUAGGGGCGCUGACCCAUGGCCAGAUGGAAGUGGACGGCUGCAAAACAGGAAACAGGAAAUGUGCCAGGCUGCUGUGUCUGGAUGGAGGAGGCAUCAAAGGCCUGGUUCUGAUCCAGCUGCUGAUCGCUUUGGAGCAGGCGGCGGGCCAGCCUAUGGGGUUUAGCACCUGUCUGUCUGCCUGUCCAGGGCAGUGGGGUUUAAUGUGUGUCUCUCUGUGUGCCAGGGUGAUGGUGACAAGCGUGCUGGCUGACAGACACCCUGCCGAGCUGCACCUCUUCCGGAACUAUGACCCCCCCGAUCCCGACCGCGACCCCCCCUAUGCCCGCAGCGCUGACUUCAGACCCCUCCUCGCUCCCCAGGAGGAGGAGGAGGAGGUGAUGAUAGUGGGGUACACACCCGGAGCCCCCAAGCGUAGGAAGGUGACUGAGGAAGAACAGUUAGUGUGGCGGGCAGCUCGGUCCAGUGGGGCAGCGCCCUCGUAUUUCCGGCCAAUGGGGCGCUUCCUAGAUGGGGGCUUGCUGGCCAACAACCCGACGCUGGACGCCAUGACGGAGAUACACCGCUACAACAAGACGGCGAAGGCUCAGGGCCGGCGACAGGAAGUGCAGAGGCUGGGCGUGGUGGUCUCUCUGGGCACAGGGAAGCCCCCCCAGGUGGCGGUCAACUCCGUGGACGUAUUCCGGCCCUCCAACCCCCUGGAGCUCGCCAAAUCCUUCGUGGGUGCCAAGGAGCUGGGCAAAAUGUUGGUGGACUGCUGCACGGACUCGGACGGCUGUGCAGUGGACAGGGCGCGGUCCUGGUGUGAGAUGACCGAAACCACUUACUUCCGGCUCAGUCCCCAGUUCUCGAUGGAGGUGAUGCUGGAUGAGGUGAAUGACGCGGUGCUGGUGAACAUGCUGUGGGAGACCCAGAUGUACCUGUACCAGCAGAGGGAGAAGGUGCAGGCCCUGGCACAGCAGCUGCUGCAGGGAUAGCGGCCACCAGACUGGAGUCAUCAAGAAAAAAAAAACUCCCGGGGAUGGGCACUAGGGGGCACUGUAGACCAGUGGUGCCUCUGGCGGUGCCAGUCCCGUCCUGUCCUUUUCCUCCUUGGUCUUCGUUCCAGCUAAUCCUUAAUUCCUCCUUGACUGAUCCAGAGGCCGGUGUACUAACACCGGUAUCGAGUGGUUAAAAUGACCAGUCGUGCUCCACCCCCGCCUGACAGAAGAUCCCAGAUCACAAACCCAGCAGGGCCUGCAGCAGCUGGGGCUUGUGCGGACCACGCAGGGCCUGACGCAGACGCUUGCCUAACGCCCGUUUCCUCCUAGCAAAGACUGACGUCUCUCUCGGACGCCUCUGUGUUGCGUUUCUGUCCAGUUAAUCCCUGUUGGGGAAAAAGGACGCCAGCAGGUGCCUCUGUACACAAAGAGCUGGGGGUGUUGGGAGCAACGCUGCCUGAUCGUACAGUGGCAGACUCACUGGGGUCCCCCAAGAAGUAGCCCAGUGGGGCGCCGUUGUCUGUGAACUAGUGACCUAACUGCACUGAAGGAACUUGUUACUGAAGGAAAAGAGCAGGGCUCCCCAGUCCAGGUCCUCUUGACCUCUGUGCCUCAGCUAAGCAGCUAGUCCGGGCUACUCUCUUGAGUCGCUCUGUCAAGCCCUUGACCGGACUGCUGCUGUGGUGGUGACUUAGGAAUAUUUAAAAAGGACAGUGUCUGUAAACCCAUUACUGGCACUUGAGAGCAGUACGCAAAAUGUGGAAUUGUUAAUGAGUGAAUAAAUCUGGUAAACGAUCGAGAGCCCAAACAGAGCAGAAGCCAGCUGGGGCUGUGGUCAGGGGAGGCCACUGAGACCAGUGCCGGUGGAAGGGGUGUCCCCCUGCGUGCAGGAAGGCUCCCCAAGAUCCUGGCGGGUUAAUAAUUAACAAAGGCUAUUGUUUACAGAACGAAACAAUGAAGGAAGUGGUUGUGCUAUACUGACCUGGAAACUAUACCUCUAAUUUUUAAAUGCUUGCAACUGAUGGUAUGAGUAAGCAUUAAACAUGAAGUCUCAGUUAUAAAGA